AUCGGAUGACUACUGUUUUUGUUUUGAGAGUAGAUAAUACAUAUUUUUUCAGGAUAUUAUAAUAAAAAUAAUUUUUCUCAGCAAAUGAUUAGGUAGAAAAUUUAAAGAUAGUUGGAAACAGUUAUGUCAGAAAUUGGUACGUCACCAGAGUCUCAAACUUACGUCGAUAUGGAUGAGAACGCACAACACCAAUCACUUCCACCAAUUGAUUAUACCGCUGACCGUUUUCCAUUUUGUAUUGUUUGGACACCAAUUCCAAUGCUGACAUGGUUAUUUCCUUUUAUCGGACAUAUGGGCAUUUGUAUGUCCAAUGGCGUCAUACGGGAUUUUGCGGGCCCCUACUUUGUCUCGGAGGACAAGAUGAGCUUUGGUCGACCGACCCGUUAUCUGCGAUUAAAUCCUAAAUAUGUGGAAGGUGGUUCUUUAAUGUGGGAUGAAGCCGUCUCCAAAGCUUCUGUGCUGUACGGUACAAGGAUGCACAAUCUUUUCUGUGACAACUGCCACUCUCAUGUGGCAACCGCUUUGAAUUGCAUGCGUUAUAGAAAUUCCAGCUGGAACAUGGUAAAACUUGCAUUCUGGACAUUUAUUUGCGGCCGAUAUGUGAGCAUUGCUGGUUUCAUUAAAACAUGGCUUCCAUUCUUAAUAUUUGUAACAGCUGUUACACUUUUGAGCGUUUAUUUUUAAUUUGUUUUUUCCCACCCUCAACCUUCCCCUCCCCCGUAAAUGUAUAUUGUUAUUUUAUUUUUAAUUAGUCAAAUUUAUAAGUGUAAUACAUUGUAACAGUUAUAUAUAUAUAUAUACAUAUGAUGAUGAUGGGUACUAAGUUCGAGUUUUUCAGUGAAAAUCAAAGUAAAAAUUUAUAAUAAACUUGAUAAAAAAAAUUAUUUUAUUAAAAUCAUCAUAAACAAUGAUGACAUUUUCAAUGUCCAACUGAAUGAGAUUAUAUUUUUUUUUCCAAGGUGAAAAUUGUGGUUUUCAUGUAAAACACGGGUUUAGUACUAGGCUAAAGAAGUAAAAAUGAAAGCUGAAACUAAUGCUGGUGAAUAUAAACCGACCUAUUUGCGCCUUGCAUAAAAAUUAAGCGACGCAAUUGCAA